AUGUCGAAUCCCAAAGAACCCAUGGUGCAAGGAACAAUACCAUCGAGACCCUGGGAAAUGGUCGCAACUGAUUUGUUUCAGUGGGAACAGAACAACUAUCUGGUCGUGGCAGAUUAUUAUUCGCGUUACAUUGAAGUAGUCAAGUUGGAAAACACCACCAGCAGAACUGUUGUGAAUCAUAUGAAGUCCAUAUUUGCAAGACAUGGAAUUCCAUCAGUCGUAAGAAGUGACAAUGGUCCUCAGUACACUGCCACAGAGUACAAGCAGUUCGCACAAAAGUGGAAUUUCGAGCACCAGACUUCAAGUCCAUAUUAUCCGAAAUCAAACGGUUUGGCUGAGAAAGCAGUUCAAAUCGUGAAACGUGAUAUAACUGAUCAUUUCUCUCAAUUCUGUAUUUUUAAAUCAACUAAAGAUAAAAUAGAAAUACCAAUAAAGCAACAACGACGUGAUUUUUCCCAAUUUUCUGCUGUUAAUUUUAACAAUGAGUUGUCUCUCACAGAUUGGGAUGAAAUAUUCUUAAAAGGGGAUAGGGAUAUUGAUAAAACAUUUUGCUUUAUUUAUAAAAGAAUUAAUGCGAUACUGAAUAAACACGCACCAAUCAAACUGAUAUCGCGUCGUCAAGCUAAACGGCUCUCGAAACCUUGGAUUACUAAAGGAAUAAGAACAGCUAUUAAACACAAAAAUCAACUAUAUGCUGACGGAAAACAGUCUGAGUAUAAAAUAUACAGAAAUCGAAUACAAAGAUUAAUACGAUUAAGUAAAGCUAACUAUUAUUGUGAAUAUUUUAACAAACAUUUGACGAAUAUGAAAAAAAACAUGGGAAGCAAUUAA